AUGGAAGGGUCUACACUGAAUGUUAUUAGUGCUUAUGAUCUGCAAACAAGUUUGAACAAGGAUAAGAAAAUAAGGUUUUGGGAGUUUUUAGAUGUGGUGAUGAGGGGUAUGCCAAGCACUGAGAAGCUUAUUGUGGGUGGAGACUUCAAUGGGCAUUUUGGUUCUUUGUCAAGAGGUUAUGAUGAUGCGUAUGGCAGUUUCAAUUUUAGGGAGAGGAAUGAAGGAGGAGUUUCUCUUUUGGAUUUUCCUAAGGUCUUUAGACUGUGGAUAGUGAAUGUGAGCUUUCCGAAGAAAGAGGACCACCUUAUUACGUUUCAUAGUUCUGUGGCUAAGACUCAGAUAGACUUUUUGCUCAUUAGGAAGGGUGAUAGAGCACUAUGUAAAUAUUGUAAAGUUAUACCUAGCGAGAAUCUUUUGACUCAGCAUAGGCUGUUGGUGAUAGACCUGGUAAUAAAUAAGGGCAGAAAGAAGAGGAGUAUAGAGGUUUGA